AUGAGCCUUCUUUCGGGCCUCGCCAGCCCAGCCCCGACCCCGACGUCCGACCCCGAGUCGGCCCCGCCAAAUCGGCCGCAUCUCCGGGAUCUACGUUCCCAAAAUCGCUUCCAGUCCGCAAUCAACUCUAGCAUCAUGGACUCACAGGAGCAGCUACGAGCCUUGGUAGAGCAGGACAAGAACAUGCUGCGCAGCGUCGACUUUGACAACUUUCGCUCCGCUCCGCAGCUCGACGCCCAGGCCCGGUCCGCCCUCCUGCGUCCCAACGCGCGACUCGCUGCCGCCCUCUGCGAGUCCUCCGCCCAAGGCCUCCCGCCCAUCAAGCGUGCUGCCGUCUCGCCGGCCAGCCGGCGCGCGCGCGUCACCAGCAAUCGAAAUCGACGCCAAGCACCGCGGACGUGGCGCUGCAAAAACGUCGGCGGGACUCGACGUCGAGGUGCUCCUCGGCUCGCUCGACGGACAUUCUGCCCGAGGUUGGUCGAGGAGGGACGCAAAAAUUCGAACAUUGUGUUUGUCGCCGCCGACAUGGUUGGGCUGGGCGAGCAGUUUGACUGGGCGGUCAAGCUGACGCGCCCCAAUGGCUGCAUCUUUCUCGACGACGUCGUUGCGUCUUUGUACAAGGACGGUCAGGUGGGAGAGGGUGGCGAGGAAAACAUCUUGACAAGAGUUGGGAAAGACAAGAGAGUACAAGCUACGUUGGUGCCGAUUGUGGCUUGCCAUGCCAUGGUGCCAACACCGAUUUUUAAUGGCUUCAUCUUUGGCACCCGUCUUGGCUGA